GAUAGAUCAAAUCUCCAUGUCUAACACAGUUACACUCAUAUCACGUAAGUUACUAUCACUCAUAAUUGGUGCACGAACUAUGGCUCGCUGUGACGUUCUCGUCCUCUCUCUCCUGAUCUUCAUCGCCACCGUCUCUGUCGUUGCAUUCGCCGACCGUGAACCAGGCUGUGUCUACACAUUCUACGUCCAAACCGGAUUCGUGGAAAGUGCCGGCACAGAUUCGAUCAUAAGCGCUACAAUCUCCGACAAAUCCGGACAAGAGAUCGUAAUCAACAACCUAGAGUCAUGGGGUGGGUUAAUGGGAUCAGGUUACGACUACUUCGAGAACGGUAACGUGGACAUUUUCAGUGGUAAGGAGAAGUGUCUUCCGAGCCCAGUAUGCGCAUUGAAUCUGACCUCUGACGGCAGUCACGGCACCGGCACAUACGCAGCUUGGUUUGUAAACUAUGUGGAGGUUACAACGGUCGGAUUGCAUGCUAACAGUGCGCGUCAAUACUUUGAUUUUGAGAAAUGGCUUGGGCUGCCUGCGUCGCUAACUGCCGUACGGAACAAAUGCCCGGUUUCGCUAAAGGAGAGUGUCAGUCAGGUCGGGUCUGAGAUCCCGAAAACUCUCUCGUAGUCGUAGACAAUCAAAUCAAUGAAUGUAUGUGUCUUGGAGACUUGUCGUUUUUCGUAUUGUGAAUGUACGUCUAGUAAAACUUGUGAACCUGUAAAGGAAAUAACGUAAACGAUUCGAUCGAAUAACCAUUAUAUAUAGCUACUUGUAUCUCUUCUCUUAGAAGAGAAACUAUUAUCA